CUCAGCAUCCGAGUCCACAACCCCCAGCCCCUAGGUUACCAUGACAACCAGACAGGCGAGGACCUGUCUGCUUUCAGCUCCUAUAGAUAUACCAUUACAGCUUGUUCCGCUGAUGGAUGUGUUACUAGUGCUGAAACACAAAUAAAGACUCCCUCCACUGCAGUGGACUCUCCCACCAUGACCAGCAUCAGAGCCCAUAAUAUCACUGUCUCCUGGACCAUUCCAUUAAUACAGAAUGGGGAAGUGACGCAGUACGUGCUGAAGGCCAACGGCGAGGAGGUAUACCGUGGGAGGUACUGUACCCCUACCCCGGCCCAAACUCUUCAGCCAUCAGCUCCCUCUGGUGUUGGUCCACCCACACUGCAGCCUCUGGGGCCACGACAGGUCAAUAGGAGGAGUGGGAGUAGUUAAUCAGGUCAGACAUGUAGCUACAGUAUCUGGUUAAAUAGUUAGUAAAUACAUGUAAAUACGCAAUUCAUAUUUUCUAUAGUGGUUUGAUGAGUUUUUUUCCAGCACAUUUAAAAUGUUACAAAUAUUUCAGUGUUCCGAACGACCUCCAUUCCUGACACAUGUUCUGAUACAUCGCUGCGAUCCUACUGUAGUUUUAAUUCUAUCACUUUUUCUCACAUUGUUAUUACUAUUGUCAAUGGUAUAUCAGAUCUGUAAUGUUGAGCUUGUUGUGAAGGUGAGGGUGGACUGGGAGCCCCCAGCAAGGCCUAACAGGGUAAUCGUCAGCUACACGGUGUGCCAGAGAGACCCGGCCCUGCCCUCAACACACCGCUUCCUGUAUGACCCAGAACACAGCGCCUUCUCUGGCCGCUCCACCACACUGCAGGAGCUCACAUCCUACCACAGGUCAGUCACAUUAACUAACCCCUGACCUCUAACCUCUAGCCACAGGUGCACAGAGAGAGAGAGAUUUUAGAUGUAUAGAAACCCUUUAUUGGAACAUUAGCUAAGGUACAUGAAGGAGCCAAGGGACAGAGAGGGGGAUGGGAUGGGACGAGAGAGGAGAGAGGAAGAGAGAGAUGGAGGGAUGAGAGCAGCGAGAGAGGAUGCGAGAGGAGACGAGAGGAGCAGACGAGAGGAGAGAGAGAAGAGAGAGAGAGAGAGAGUAUAGAGAGAAGAGAGAGAGAGAGAGGAGAGAGAGGAGAGAGAAGAGAGAGAGAGAGAGAGACGAGAGAGAGACGAGAGAGGAGAGCGAGAGAGAGAGAGAGAGGGGGGAGGGAGGGAGGAGGGAGGGAGGGAGGGAAGGAGGAAGGAUUCAACCUUGAGGGAGGGGUCAUGUCCCCAUCUCUCUUUCCCUGUCCCAGACAAAGGCAGUCGGUCAGACAGGGGGCUGUGUGUGUGUGUGUGUGUGUGUGUAUGUGUGUGUGUGUGUGUGUGUGAGUAAGGUGAAAUACUGAUAAGAGCCAGAUAAUAAAAGCUCAUCAGCUUUAUAAUCUACAGAUCAUCAGCACGCCUCUCCGAUGACCUUCUCUCCAUUCUACUCCCCUCUCUCUCUCUCUCUCUCUCUAUCUAUCUCUCUGUCUCCCUCUCUCUACUUCUCUCACUCCUUUCUUUUCCCAUUUCCCUCUCUCCAAAAGCACUGCAUGACAAAUACGGAAUGACAACAUUUAUGAGGAAAUAUGUGUAAUAUUGUAAUAUUUAAUCAUGUUUAAUAAUUAAGGGUGUGUGUGAGUGUGUGUCUAUAUCAGGUAUGAGGUGAGAGUGGAGGCGUGUACAGAGUCUGUGACUCCAGUGACUGGGUCUCAGUGCUACUGGCCAGACCAUGCCACUACUGGAGCUACAGAGAGAAACCAGAGGCCUACAGACCGUCUUCCUGCUCUCCUGGUCCCCCCCAGCCCAGCCCAAUGGUAGAGUCCUGCACUAUGAGGUCUAUAGGAGAACGGGUCAGAACACUGAGGUCCGUGGGAGGCAGCAGCACUGGUGUGUAGGAAUGCUUCCACAACGUGUCGUGAUGCCGGUCUCCUGCCCUACACUGAUUACCAACCAGUACCAGGUACAGAGAAUAAAG